AUGGCCGACCGCGAGCAGCCCUACGACCCUUACAUUCCAUCUCAGUCGAAGCCUGGCCAGGAUGGGCCGCCCUCAGGGAACCAGCGGACAGCAGCGCUGCAGGCCCAAAUCGACGACACGGUUGAUGUGAUGCGAGAGAACAUCAACAAGGUCUCGCAGCGAGGCGAGCACCUGGACUCUCUGCAGGACAAGACAGACAACCUCGCCGUCUCUGCCCAGGGCUUCCGCCGGGGAGCCAACCGCGUCAGGAAGCAGAUGUGGUGGAAGGACGUCAAGAUGCGCAUAUGGCUGAUCGUCGGCAUCAUCGUCCUGCUCGUCAUCAUCAUAGUCCCUGCCGUCGUCGCAUCGAAGAACAAGUGA